GGGCUUCAACUGGCCUGGGAUCUGGGUUUUCAACGCGUGAGGGUGGAGUUGGAUUCCAGAUGCGCUGCCCACCUUCUCAGCAGCAACGCGCAACCGGAUCAUCAGCAUAGUGCUAUUACCGACCGUAUUCAGGCGUUGUGUAGGCGUGAUUGGGAGGUCGUCUUUUAUCAUGCUUAUAGAGAGGGCAACAAGUGUGCCGAUUACCUUGCUAGCCAAGGCCACUAUUUGUCGCUAGGUAUCCAUUCUUUUCCUGUCAGUGACCUCACUUUGAUGUAUUGGAUCCUAUAUGAUGUUCAGGGGAUUUCUGAGCUCCGUCUGGUAAUGAAUGAAAGGUAG